AUGCCUGUGUUGCUCCUAUUUCACUUCGAGACAGUCGCCAUGGGUCGUGUCAUCCGCAACCAGAGGAAGGGCCGUGGCUCCAUUUUCACGGCCAACACCCGCCUGAACAAGGCCCCUGCCCAAUUCCGGACCCUCGAUUUCGCUGAGGCUCACGGUUACACCCGUGGUGUCGUCAAGGAGAUCAUCCACGAUGCCGGCCGUGGUGCUCCCCUGGCCAAGGUCCAGUUCCGCCACCCCUACAAGUUCAAGAUGAUCACCGAGACCUUCAUCGCCAACGAGGGCAUGUACACCGGCCAGUUCAUCUACGCCGGUAAGAACGCUGCCCUGACCGUCGGCAACGUCCUUCCUCUCGCCUCUAUGCCCGAGGGUACCGUCAUCACCAACGUCGAGGAGAAGGCUGGUGACCGUGGUGCGCUUGGCCGUACCUCCGGUAACUACGUUACCGUUAUUGGCCACAACCCCGAGGAUGGCAAGACCCGUGUCAAGCUCCCCUCCGGUGCCAAGAAGGUCAUCAAGAACACCGCCCGCGGUAUGGUUGGUAUCGUUGCCGGUGGUGGCCGUACCGACAAGCCUUUGCUCAAGGCCGGUCGUGCCAAGCACAAGUUCGCCGUCAAGCGCAACUCUUGGCCCAAGACUCGUGGUGUUGCCAUGAACCCCGUCGAUCACCCCCACGGUGGUGGUAACCACCAGCACAUCGGUAAGGCCUCGACCAUCUCCCGCUACGCUACCCAGGGUCAAAAGGCUGGUCUCAUUGCCGCCCGCAGAACUGGUCUGCUCCGCGGUACCCAGAAGACCAAGGAUUAA